GUUAUGUCAAUCAAUAAACAAGUACUUGGAGUGUUCUAAAAAUUUGAAGAGUUAUCGAAAACGAAAAAGAAUGUCCGAAACCGGAGAAAUUGGCGGUAAAUCCUCAUUAAAGGGUUUGAAGAGGAAGAAAAAGCGUUCAGCAAAUCAAAUAGCGAAAAAACUGGCUCGCAGACGAGAUCCAGGUCGAGGUAGUGAAUUGGACUCUGAAAGUUAUCAAUACAUGGUGCAAAUAAUGGAAGUCCUGCGAACAGAUUUUUCAACUAUGAACGACAAACCAAUCUUUGUAAAUAAUGUAUUCGAGCAGACAGUGGACCAGGAGGUGGAUUUAGCAAAAAAUCAAGUGGGCUCACUUGUCCUGGACACUCUAAUGGGAUUUGCGGAUCUCCAAGUAAUUGAAAGAUUCACUAAUGCCUUCAGUUCUUCCUUGAGGCCCAUUUGCAGUGAUAAAUACGCCAGUCAUGUCCUGGAGAGAAUUAUCCAGACAUGUGCAGACAGGGGAAACCGAAAUUUUGGGGAUGACUCCAGUAAAAAUAAUUUGACAAUCACAGAGGAAGAAAUUCCUAUAUACAAUAAUUUAUCUCUGAAACUCUGCAGAUACGUUAUAAAUAAUAUAGAAGAGUUUAUUUAUGAUACAUAUGCCAAUCACAUUUUGCGAACGUCAAUUCGUUGCCUCGGGGGAUUAAUAGAUAGAGAGGAUAAUGACAAAAAGAAGAGGACGAUGAAAUUAGGGCCAAGAAGGAAAGUCACUCAGGAAUUCACAGAUUUGCUUAUAGACUCGGGUAAUCGACUGCUCCGAUGGCCCCAAUUUCUGGAAUUGGGAAAGGACGAGUUGUCCUCAGGAUUACUACAAUCUUACAUAUCAACUCUGAAGGACGUUGAGCCCAAGUUGACAUCUUCGAUUAUUAAAAAAAUUAUCUCUGAGUGUUUCAACGAGAACACUGAGUCUUUAUCUAAUAUAUUCGAUACUGAAAGCUCCCUGCGGCUUUUAGAGUCGUGUCUGGCAUCCGCUAGCACGAAAAUGUACGGAAAAAUAUUUAAAAAAUUGUUUUCUGGACGUUUAAAGGAAUUAUCGUUAAUGCCAGGUGCUAACUUCAGUGUUCAGAGGCUGAUGGAUUACUGUCCCACGAAGGAACAAUUUGAAGAGAUCUUUGAUGAGAUCUCUGGACAUUUUUUGGAGAUUCUGGAGAGACAGAAUACUGGAGUUUUGGCGAGUCUUGGGAAUGCCUGUUGGAGGCUGCAGACAAAACAAGGGCCAUUUGUUAUUGUUGUUGCUAAGGGGUUGAAAUGUGAUGAGCCACAGGAGAGGCAAUUACUGUUGGCACCUUUAAUCGCCCGAUUAGUUAAUUAUGAGCAGUUUGAUGCUGCUAAGAGGUCUAAUCGCAAUAUUCAGCUGCAUCUUCAUGGGAGUCUGAUACUCCAGGCUAUUCUUCAAUUCAAUAAACCAAUUAAAAUAGUUAAUUCUUUGUUAUCGCUGGAGGGAGAGGAGCUGGCGAUGAUGUUUAGCGAUCCAAAGGGGAGCAGAAUUCUCGAUGUCUUCAUGGAUUCGAAAUUCGUCGGGGAGAAGAGCAGGGAUAAAUUAGCGAAGCAACUCCAGGGAUACUGGGUUACACUUGCAUGUGGAAUUCAUGGAUCCAGAUGUCUCGACAAAAUUUGGCAGCAUUCCAAGGAUAAUCAGAGAAUUCGUAUUAUGGAGGAACUAGCUGGUGCUGGGGAGGCGAUGAAUUCAACGAAAACUGGGAGAAUUAUUUCGGCGAAAUUCAAUGUUCCCCUUUUUGGAAAAAAUAGGAAGGAGUGGAGUGAAACGAGGGGACAGGAGGAGAAGACCAGAGCACUUUUUGCCAGCAUCAUCAGUUCGACCAAGUGAAAUUGGUCAAAAUUUUUUUUUCUCUUCCCUUUUUAUUUUUUAUUGUAGAAAUAGUGAAUAAACGGAAGGCAGAUUUUUAUUGCUGCUUCGAGUCUA